UAUGGUAUAUAAACGGUCCGGAAGCCCGCUGUACCACAGUAGGAGAUUUUAUACGAGAUCGAGAACUAAGAAUACGUUGGGACCCACGAACGCAUCGUUAGACAAGAAGUUCGGAUUUAUCAUCCAGUUUCUUCGUGUCCUGAUAGGCCUUAAGAUUUCCUUAGCAAGAAUGAAUUAUUACACUCCUCAGGAAAUGUCAUCCACCAAGAAACAGCGUAGCGUGUAAGUAUUACAAAGUUAUCGUAUAUUUUCCUUUACCAUUUUCCACAUUUAAUUGUAUUUUUCAAACAGUUUUAACAAUCGCCGUUACACACGGUAUGUUCAUCGAAGCAGUUAUACGCCAUCCGUUCCUCAAGAUGAAACUGUAUCAUGCAAGAAACAGUGUGGUGACGUUUCUAACGAUGAACCACAUAUCCCGCCGCGUAUCAUGUGCAGGAGGUUACCGCUGACAUCUACAUCGUUCAAAUACAUAGAUAUUGGGAUCAGAGUAGUACCUCGUGCAUCCUACGUAGAAAUAAUUCUCGGCGAUAAUCAAGGACAUCAGAUUGAGUUAGAUCAAUCAAUUUGGAAAGAAUACAGACAAAAUCAAUCAAACAUAGACCAGCUGCUAAAGGCAACAGAUGCGUCAUCAUCAUCAGCGAUACAGCUUAAUCAUUUAGCUAUAGAACUAGUUAGAAUGCGCCACGGAAAUAUUGUAAAAGUAACAUCAAAUAAUACUUCUAUGUACAUGAAACCAUCAACCAUAUUAUUUUUAUUUGAAUUGGAAUACUGUGUAGACAGCAUAUAUUGUGAACUGUGUGCGGAUCUAGAAACUGUACAUGAAAGCUUCGAAGAACUCGUGCAUGUACAAGAUAUGUGGAUGAGUGGCGAAAAAAAAUGCGAUACACCGAACGAUGCA